GUGAGAUUACCCACCACCACGUUUAAGGGGUUAAAAACCUGGACGUGUUGCUGAAUAGAACCGGAACCCAGUGACAUCAAGGCUCUCGCUUAUCUCUUAAACGAGGAGAGUGAGACUUCAGAGGUAGAUGUUUAGGUCCUGACUCUCUGAACGGAUGCGCGCCGAUCUUGGAGUCUCCAGGCGCGCAGCGAAGGAUUUUGCGCACUGAAAUUAAACAGAGCGCACUCAGCGAGCGGACUGCUGCCAAUCUGACUGCAGUCCUGCUACUGGGAUACAGGCGAGAACUCAAAGCUAAUAUCUUCCCGGAUUGAGUCGAAGAAAAUAAUAGUUUAUUGCGGUUUGGCUGGAUUUGAAACUUAGAGGAGAGCGCUGUUUGUACCGACUGAUUUCAGACGUUUCAUCCCGUUGUAGAGUCCCAGCUACUCAGAGGAAAUUCUGCCAAGAUCCUGAGAGACGGAGACAAUUUGAGAGGAUUUUAGAAACUGCCGAAAAAGUGGACUGAGAAUGAUUCCAGCGUGAGGUAUUAUCUUUGCAAAACAGUGAUCACAGCGAUGUUUGAGCGGCACGCGCGUCUUCACCUCUCCAAGUCUCCCAGAGAGGAUUUAACCACCGCUCAUCUUGAAUAAACCAAGAAAGUCCUGGAAGAUGAGUGCCCUGCAAACAUUCUUGCUGUUUAUCCUCCUGCACCAGGUCACAUGCAGGAAAGUGGAUGGAGGAGCCACGGAACUCAUCGAGUGGAGGGACAAUGAUAAUGAACAGAAGACCUCUCCCACGGGGGCCAGUCCACGGAUUCUCAACCCCCUGCGUUUGUUUGCCAAGGGCUCCCCCGAGUUUAAGAGCAACAUGAGGGAAGUGACAUAUUUACAGAGCAUGGAGGACUUUUGGGACUGGUUAUCUAACCAGACAGAUGUUCAGGGUCCUCAGCCCAGAACUAAACGCAGACCCAUUGUCAAGACUGGUAAGUUCAAAAAGAUGUUCGGGUGGGGGGACUUCCACUCCAACAUCAAGACCGUCAAACUAAACCUGCUGAUCACAGGGAAGAUCGUGGACCACGGUAAUGGUACUUUUAGUGUGUACUUCCGUCACAACUCCACUGGGAUGGGGAAUGUGUCGGUCAGCCUGGUGCCACCUUCCAAGGUUGUGGAGUUUGAAAUCGCCCAGCAGUCCACACUAGAGACCAAAGACACCAAAUCAUUCAACUGCCGCAUUGAAUACGAGAAGACGGACCGCAACAAGAAGACCGCCCUGUGCGGCUAUGACCCAUCCAAGGUGUGCUAUCAGGAGCAUACACAUAGCCACGUGUCAUGGCUGUGCUCAAAACCCUUCAAAGUCAUCUGCAUCUAUAUAGCAUUUUACAGCGUAGACUAUAAACUGGUUCAGAAGGUAUGCCCUGACUACAACUACCACAGUGACACACCUUACUCCUCCACAGGAUGAUCUAGCUGUUUCCAGUUUUCAUCAGCCUUUUGUUUUGUCUCCAAAAAAUAUGUAAAUGUUAAGCUCUAAACUCCUUUUCUCAAAAUACCUAAAUACCUGAGAUAUGUUGCAGAAACUCACAAAGCCGCACACACUGGAGGGAUUUGGCCAAACCUUUGUAUAUACUGCACAUGAUUUAAAGGUUUAGCAUUUCAGAUAGGUGUCCAGGCACUUGGUUUGAGGGGCUGACGUGAGAUUCAGAGCUAGCUACCAUUGCAACAGCACAUGUUUUCUGUAAACCACUGGAAUAAUUAUUGUGUUAUCCAGAUGGUUUCUUCAAGGCUAGGCCACAGGCAAUGAGGCACGCUAGUUUGAAGUGCAUAGCUGGCUUCUGCCAAAAUGCUAACAUUAUCCAGCCGUUUCCUCACUUCACUUAACUGCCAUGAGAUGAAGUACAAGACUUCACAGCAUGUUAAAAAUGACAGUACCCAAACAUUAACUGUUAUUCAUUGAAGAGAGCAAAAAAUUAAAGAUCUCAGAUAUAGAAAAGCUCAACAUUUUCAAUGAUUGAUAAAAGCAAUGUUUUCAUUGCCUUCAAUGUGGAGCUGACAUCCAUUUGAACUCAACCAGGACAGUCUGUUAUUUCAUUUUAGUUUCAUCAAUAGGCAUAUUUUAAGCUUUAAUAAAUUAUCUGGUCCAACAGACAUUUUAUUUAAAAUGUCAUCUUUCUCAUGAAGGGAUUGAAAUAAAGGAAACUGAUAGAUUUAACCAAAUUUCAAGUGCCCAUGACGAAAUAAAUUGAUCCAAAAAAAUCUAAUUUAAGAAACUUGAGAGUGUGAUUGUAAACGAUCACACACCCGAGCAACCAUCCAUGUGUAACCUGGCUGCUGCCGUGUUUUUCCCCUUAAAAAUGUGUUGGUUUCGUGCUAUAAUCAUCAUAAGGCAUCUGUGUGCUAAACUAGUCUGAAAACCAACAUCUGUGUUUGCAGGAUGCAUUUCGAAGCAUCAGACUGCCGAGCGAGUGGCGCUGUGGAUUAAUGUGUCAGGAGAGGUGGGGAAGAGGAAGCUAUAAUUGCAGGACAGGUGGAUUUAGUGAGUCUGGCAGACAAUUAUCAGCACUUUGUCACGGUCCUGCCACCAGCCCUGACAUUACCUGUCUUUAAUAGGCUUUAAUUAGCCUGGGAAAUUUCAUUUACCAAGAGUGGAGAAACAGAAAGGGACAAAAAAAAAGGCAUAAGUAGUACAGAAUGUGUUGGCUAUUUUAAUGAGAAGUGGGAAUAAAUUUGAAAUUAAAUGUCUCUCCCAACUGUACCGCAAGUCCAAGCUGAUUGACUUUUGUGUACAGGUGGAUAACAUCUAGUAUUGUAGUACAUGGUGUGUGCUUUGACCUAGCACUCAUUAACACCGCUCCUAAAGGUUUUGUUGAAAACCAUCUCCACAUUAAUUGCCAUAGAUUGUGUUGUUUGUACAUAUCCCAGGUUUUUAGGCUAGGGCAUGUACCACCAAUGACUCUGCAAUUAUUUCUGUCUGUACUACUUCAGUUAAUAUAUCUUAUCCCCCCAUCAGCUGUAAAUGAUCUUGUCACCUUGUUCACAGGAGAAGUAUAUGAUAAAUCAGAGGUGAUCUAUGUGGAUGUUUUAGUUUCACUCCUUUGUGCAAAUGCUGUGUAUUAAUGUGUAACUAAACCCAAAAGUGUUUAAAUUAUGGCUUCAGAGUAAAUGAUGUCAUUUUAUUCCAAUUUUUCCACAGAAAUAUAUAAAUCUGUAUACUCUUCCUUAUUUUUGGUGUUUUAUCAGAAAUAUCAAGUAGAUAAAUGUCAAAUUUAUUGCUUACAGUCAAAGAUUUUUAUUUUCAUUUUUGUAAUUGCAGAUUGUUCUUGUUUUGAUUUCCUGCUUGCUUAAUCAUGUUUAAACGGUUCUCCCUGUAAAAUAGGAAUAACACCACUUCUGUGUGUAGUGUAAUUACACAUGCUCAUUUUUGGAAUAUUUGUUUUCACAAGCUCAUUUUGUUAAAAAUGUAAUGGUAAAGAUCAGUUUGGGUCUUUAUGGCAUUAAACCUUAUUUGAACUCGG